UCAGCAAGUUAUAGCGGGACUGCGGUGGGCAUUCUGCCACUGGGGUGGAACUGACUUGGUGUCACUGACAUCUCCAGUGACACCAAUAGAGUAAUCAGUGCUAAUAAAAAGCACUGACACUAUACUAAUGGCACUGGGCAGGAAGGGGUUAACAUGUGGGGCGAUCAAAGAGUUAACUGUGUGCUGGUUAACUGUGUGCUGUGUGUGUUCUUUACACUGUAAGCACACUGCUUUGUAUGGCUGUGCUAUGCAGAGCUAUACAAAGCAAUGUGCAGGAGCUGACAGGGAUGAGAACUGUAUUGUU